GGUUAUGAGGUUUUACUCCUCAAAUUCUGAGAGAAGUUAAUAUCAUUCCAGUAUUAUUCGACUUUUAACAAGACAGCUUGGAAAAAUUUAAGGUUAAUUGGCACUUGUGACCUUGUGGUAGCCAAACGCGCGCUCACGCAAUCAUGCCGAGAAGAAACGGGAGUCCAUCAAGACCACAGGUUCGUCCUCAUUCGACGUUGCCGGCUCGUCCACCCCCAUCAGUCCCUGCACAUCCUCCAGCACAAACCAAACAACCCGGUUUGAUGGGUCAAAUGGCUGCAACGGCUGGUGGUGUGGCUGUUGGAUCAGUGAUCGGCAAUGCCAUCACAGGAGCAUUUUCCGGCGGAAGUGGUGGGAGUACACCACAAGUUGCUUCAGAGCAAUCAGGUUCAACUCAGUUACAAAACCCAUGCCAGUAUCACAUUGAUGAACUAGUUCGUUGUGCUCAAAGCCAGAGCGAUAUAAGCGCCUGUAGUGGCCUCUCAGAGGCCUUAAAAGAGUGUAGCCGUCAGUACGGGUUGUACCGUUAACUUUUGUGCAAAAAUUCAUUUUUAACUCGUUUCAUUUGUGAUUGAUAUCAUUCCUUAGUCUGGAUGUAGACAUAGUAUUCGUUUGAGUAAAGUUUCAUUUUAAAUUGCUUCUUUUUAUAUUGUAUGGGCUAUCUCUCACUGACAUUUGUUUCCUGUGAUGUUAAUAUAUGUUCCUGACAUUUGCAGUAAUAAGAAACCGUAGUCAUGGGACAUAUAGAGCGAUCUGUGGGGAAAACCUUUGGUCAAAUGUUUCCAAGUGAAAAUCUGAGAGUAGUAGCGAACAUAAAUUUACGACAUCUACACCUCCUAUAUUGCGGAACGCCAGGAAAUUCUGUGGGGUAAACAUCUGACAGAAUAUCUGGCAAAUUAUUUUCAAAUGGAAUGAAUAUAAAUACUUGCUGUUGACUAGCAUGGGUUGGGCGCACAAUUGGUAUGCCAAUGGGGGUGGGGAGGGUGUAGCUGAUUGGCCUUACUAUUCGACUUGCAGUUAGGUAAUUAAGUUGCGUUUAGAAUAGUGGCAGCAUACAUUGUCUAAGUGACGCUGUUAAAAUGGAGAAUUAUUUCGUUGUUCUACCCUUUUUAAUAUGCUAGAGCGCGAUUCUUGUCACGUGUUUACUGAUCAUGUUUAUUUUGGAGCAAGAAGUAUCCAUGUCGCAGAUUGGUUUAGCAGGAAAAUAAGGUGAAAGUUGAAGUGUUUCCAUCUUAACAAAUCAGUAUAUGCUAAUAAUGCAUUAGGCUUCGUUAUGUUAAGUAAUUGGACUAGUUAAAAUGUUUAGGUCAUUGAUUACCUGAUGCUUUACUACUGCCAAUAAAGGUAGAAUAUUCGAGGAGUCUAUUUUGCAUGCAUUCUCAAAUGGUACCACUGCCCACAAUAUCUUGACUGUAUGAAAAAUGUGGAGAAGAAAUCACAUUCAUAUUUUCCCAAGUUCUAACUAUAUUUUCACAUAUGAAGUUGUCUCACCUUGUCGUAUUUUCAUGAACGCAUUGUGUCCCUCAACCAGUGUCGUACUAAACUAUGAAAAUCCUCUGAGAGUGGAAAUCCCUCACAGAAAAUUUUAGCCUUUACAAAGUUGAAUUCAUUCCUGUUCGUAUUAUUAGCUAUUAACGUAUACUGUGUAAAUUGAGAAAAUAUCUCGCGUAUUUCGUGAUGUCAUGCCUCAUAUUUCUAUGAGAAAUUCAGACCAUCUGUGCGUUAGCAAAUGUCGGUCGCUUUCACGAGACUUAAUUUGAAAUACUUUCGAUGCUGACUAUACAAAUGUUUUGUGUGUAAAUAUGUGGGUAUCGGAGGUUCACUGAGUGACAUUAGUACAAGCACCAGUCACGAUUUGCUGUUGUAUUCAUUUGACUGUAUGCUCGGCUUAUUACCUUUCAAACAGAAUGUGUACGCAGGUUUAUUAUUACUGACAUGGGUAGGGUGUUUAAUUUAAGUUUUAGUGGGAAGCGAAUGUAACUUAUUAGCCUUGGUACUCAACUUUUCACCGAAGGAAUCGGGUUUUGAGUUCCACUUCGAUUGCGUCUGUCUACUACUCUUACAAAUAUAUCUGGUAACUGAGUGUAUGAAAAUUAUGUCCAGUGGAGGUGUGUGGUGUCAACCACAAAGUGUAAGAAUUUUGAAGGGUCUAUAAUUAGGUUUGGUGCAGUGUUGAUCAACUCUGAAUUAUAGUUUUAAACCUGGAGAUGGGAUUAAUUAAUUGAAGGAUCGUUCACUAAUGGGAUUCUGUUUCGAGAUCGCACUCAGUCGGUAACGGUGGUGAUACGUUUCAUUAUGCAAGUGACACUAACAAAGUGGAAAAUCGCUGGUCUUUGUUCUACUUAUUUUCUUUGUUGUAACUUCAUGAAUUCCUUUUAGAUUUCGUGAUAUAAGCACCUUUUAUAAAUAGCUCUUCGGAUGCACUUUCUUAUGGAGUGUGCUUGUCGAUUUUAUCGUUAUCAUGUUAUCAUAUGUUUUUCCAUCAAUUUCUCUGUUCUCUUUCUGUUUACUUUUGAUAUGUAUUUAUGCUUUGUUCCCUAAAUUAUUUUGCUGUUUUGCAAACUUGUAGUUUUCCUACGUAGACUUACUGGCUGUUUGAGGCUAACAUUUCUUAUAUAUUCUUGUGGGACAGAUUGUCACUUGCGUCUCACUUCUAAUCAGUUUUUAUGUGGUUGAUUUAAUAAUUGUGAUUUGGUUUUUCAACUAGGGAUUUGACGCUUUUUGUCGCCAUAUUCCCUAGUUUACUUGUGUACGUGGUGAACCUAUGUUUGGUAGACUUUUUUUGCCGAAUAAAUAUCUUUUAAACCUC